AUGUUAGAUAAGGCUGAACGAGGAGAAUGUCUGGAAAAAUUCUGUGGUCAAGAAAUAGAAACAUGCGGUUUACAAUGUGCUGUUGAAGCAACAGGAAAAUGCACUAUUAGUGAUUUGAAGAGAUUAGCUCGACGAAUUAUCCUAGAAUCAAGGAUGAGAGGGCAUAAAAAAAUUGAAGAAGAUGAUGUACAACAAGCACUCAGGGAAUUCCGACCAAAUGCAGUACCUUUUGAACGAUUGAAACCGGUAGACGUGGUUAAACUGCAAUGGGAUGAUAUUGGAGGAUUAAAUGAUGUGAAACAAAUCCUCACUGAAGUUUUUAUUUGGCCGAUAAAAUAUCCAUUAUUGUAUCGGAAUAUUUCUGUUCGUGUUGGUCGCGGAGUGUUAUUACAUGGGCCAAGUGGAUGUGGAAAAACGCUUAUUUGCAGGACUUUAGCAUCACAAUGGGACUUUAACGUCAUAUCGAUCAAAGGACCAGAAUUAUUGUCAAAAUUCAUUGGUGAAAGCGAAGAAAAUGUCCGGAAAAUUUUUGAAUCUGCUCGUGUGAGAAGUCCUUGUUUGAUAUUUUUCGAUGAAUUUGAUGCACUUGGUCCAAAACGUGGUGAGAGUGACACAGGGGUGACGGAUCGUGUGGUGAAUCAAUUGUUGACAGAACUUGAUGGUGUUGAAGAAUUAGAUGAUGUUUAUGUUGUUGCGGCUACAAAUCGAAUUGAUUUAAUUGAUAGUUCCUUAUUGCGACCAGGACGUUUCGAUUAUAUUGUUAAAUGUGAAUUGCCCAAGAAGGAAGAACGAAAAUCUAUUUUGGAAAUAUUCUGUCGGGGUAUAGACUUGAGAAAUGGUGAUUUGGAAAUGAUAGCAAGAGCAACAGAGGGUUGGACGGGUGCUGAUUUAAAAGGUUUAGUAACAAAUGCUCAGUUGAUAGCUCAUAGGCGAAUGAGCGGAGUUCUUGGUGAUGAAAAUGUUGAUUUUGAAAAUGCAAAAUAUACACUGGAUCAAAAAGAUCUGUUGUUCGCGAUAACGGAAUCACAACCAAACAAGAACAGGAACUCUUCCAGAUCAGAUAGGAAACCUUGGAUAUCGCCAGGAUUGUUUACUACUUUAGCCUAG